AGGGCAGAAUAAAAAGGAGGCCAGGGCUGCCAGCGUGCCCUUUUUUGCUCCCAUUCCCAGACGCUUGCGCCUAGCGGCUAAGCUCUCCUUUAGCACGGCCUAGCAGCAAAUCCUUGGAAUCGCGGGAGCUGGCGGACUGAUUGCGCCCACGCGCCUCGCAUCGUCGCCCCAGCGCCGCCCCCCGCCGCGCCGUGCAUCGCCAUCGCAUCGGCAUCGCGCAUCGAGCGAUAGAGGAGAAAAUUUCCAGGGUUUUUGGUUUUUGUGGUAGCAUUCCCGGGAGCCCCGAUGGAUGAGGGCGCGGGAUUUGGCAGCAGGUGUAGGGAAUUGCGGCCCUGGGCAGGGAUCGCCGGAUUGCGGUGAAAUGUGGCGGCGUGGGAGAUUUUGAGCCUCUUCGUCCCCUCUCCCUUUUCUUCCCUUUUCAUCCCUUUUGGAGAAUCGCUGCAUAGGAGCUGAGAAUUAUCGCAGUGGAGGGCAGUGGGGGCUGUAUGUAAUGGUGCAGUGGUGGCAGCUGAUAGAGCCCACCUCCUCUGGGUGCUGGUGUCGCCACUCCUCUACUAAACGCUCACUUAGGGUUCCUCGAUGUCUCGGUGUCAUCCAUACCCGCCACCGGGAUACGAAAAGAAAGCCACCACCGAGCUCAUUGCGGACAUAGUUCCUGCUGCUCAGGUUGCUACUUCCAAGGAGAAGCACAAGCACAGAGACAAAGAGAAGAAGAAGAAACGAAAGAGGGACGACAAGAAUGAGAAUAAUUCACACAAGGAUAAGCGAUCUAGCAAGAACCAAAAGACGCACGCCAGUAGCAACGAUGUUUCUGGGGGAGAGAAUGGGAGGUUGCAAGCUGCUGCUGAUAGCAAGAGUGCCACUGGCUCGACAAAGGCUGGAAAAGGUUUGCAAGAUGCGAAGCUAUCGGACAGGGUCACGGGGACUGGGACUGGGUGGCAAGAAGCAAAAGCUCCCGAGACUGGGAAGGCCGUUCUCCAGGAAGCGAAAGCGACCGAGACAGGCAAGGUUUUGGAAGCGAGGAGCUCUAGUUCUACUCAAAUCCUGGAUGGAAGCUCCAAUUCCAAGUCCAACUCCAACUCCAAGGCCGGGGUGGCGGCAGCAGUGGCGAGCACUUCCAAGUACGUAGUUACAGACACCGAGAUAAAUGGCAAGGUUCCUUUAGUUAUGGUAAAGCCGCUCGACACCGGGCAAGUAGUAGCACAGCAGCAGGGACAGCAACACCAACACCACCAAGAUCAAAAGAUAGAAGACUAUCGAGGCAAGAGGGAGGAUCAAAAGAGAGAGAACGAUCGGGCGAAGAGGGAGGAUCAAACGAAGGAAGACGAUCGAGCGAGGAGGGAGGAUCAAAAGAAGGAAGACGGUCGAGUAAGACGGGAGGAUCAAGAGCAAAAGCAGGAUACAAAGAAGAAAUCGCCACCAAGUGUGGAGAAGGAGAAGGAGAAGGAGAAGCGGCAUAGAUUUCCAGAGAUCAAGCUUGCCGAGAUCAAGGAGGAGAGGCUUGAGGAGGACGACGCGCACCUCGAGUGGCUGUAUCAUAAGAGGAGAAGGGACGAGGGGAAGAAACCACGGGAGGAAAAGGAGAGGGAGGAGGAAGACGAGGUUUGGGCCGAGGCGCGAUUUCUUCCAGCCGUGGGCGUGUAUGCGUUGCCGUACGUGGUUCCAUACUGAGAGGAGGACGCCUGGUACUUAAGUUUCUCCACGUUUUUUACUUUUUUCUUUCUUUUUUUUUUUUGGCUCCUAGUUUGAAAUGUGGUAUUGGUAACAUUUUUUCAAUGAGAUUUAGGGGCUUAAACCUGCGGACUGUGAA